UCCCUAUACCCACUUUGUUCUUUACUCAGAAAACGCGGCAAUUGUACGUUCUUUUCCAUUGAGCAAAAAACGCACAUUGUGGUAGAUCACGCGUGUGAGGACUAUAUAACCGAGAACCACUAGCAUUAACAUAAACCGAGAUGGAAGAAAGUGGAGCCGUAAAGAGGAAAACGAUAGAAUUGCGUACUAAAGUUGAAGAAAAUGUGGAUGAUGCAGCUUCGAAAAAAUUGAAAAGCAUUUCAUCAGCGAAGCAUCCCAUUUCGGCAGAAGGAAAGAUACUUCAACAUUCUGAUUCGAUGAACCUGCUGUAUACUGGACCAUCGGAUACAGCGCAACGCAAAGACGUCGUACGGAUUGAAGGCGAAGAAUACGGUCAGACUGUUGCAAAACGAAACGACUCUGACGCACCGAACACUAUGACGCCUUCUCCAGCUAGUGCCAUUUCAAAGAGGAAACAGGUUUUGAAAAAUGGGAUGAAUCCCCAAUUGUACCGUACGAUGAUGUGCCACAGGUUCGUCAGUCAUAUAGAUGCAGCUGCGUUUUCAGUAGAAGGGAACAAUUACUUUGACUCGAUCUUCCGGCAGGAGAAAGAAACCUUGAAUCCGACGCGGGCUAACUCUUCCGUUACCCAUAUACAGCGGAAACGCAUUAGUAAUAACGUCCGGAAACGUGGCCUUAUUGGUCGCUUUUCGCCCGCGUUCAUAAGCAAGAGCCGCGUCGAGCUAGAACAGCGCCGCGGCUUGUUACGCUAUCUAAUGGCUAAUCCGUUGAUAGGGUACUCAGGUGAUGUUGAACAGUGGACCACUCCGAAUCCGAUCAAUAUCGGAUCCAAGGUGAGUGUAAUGCUCUAUACGCCCCGGCUGUGGUGCUGCUUCGGGGAAGUUAUCGACAUAGAGUACCGAGAGAUUACAAUGUACAGAGUUCGGUAUGAAUCCGAUGGAAUUGUGCAGGAGCAACUAGUGCCGGACUAUUGCGUAGCGCUGGAAGAGGAAGGCGAAUUGUAGUUUUUCCUCCUUUUAAUAGUUGGACAUGAUAGCUUCAUCGGAGCAACACUUCAUAAGAAACGACAUUCGUUAUAUAAUUUGGAAAAAAACCCGUCAAGGUAUUACCAUACCAUAAGUGUUGAAGAUUCGUGAAACACUGCCAGUGGACACAGCCCAGCUGUCCGGAACAUUCGCACGCCAGUGGACGAAUGUUGCUACUGACUAUGAACUAUAUAUGUCCGAACCGGAAUGCCGUACUUCUGGCUGAUCAGUUGCUGGUAAACUGCCCAGUGGAGUAAUAUUAAUAACACUCUAAUCCACCAAUCCGGCUGAAAUCUAGUGAGGUACAUGUGGGUUAGUUUGUAUCGUCGUUCCAAAAAUGUAGUUAAGAGUUAGCCAUCACAUUCUUUAGAAAUAAGAAGCAAGAAACUGUUUCGAAUCUGUCGAAGGUUUGGUAUGUUAACGUGGUCUGGUUAUUAGAAAGGUUGUGAUGAUAUAUUAUUACAUAGCCACGACAUUCGACUUAGAAAUUACAAACUCUUUUGAAUUUUUGUCAUAAUGGACACUAACGCUGUCCCGCCAUUAGAAAGGUUGUGAUAACCAUAAUUGCCUUGAGGUUAAGGAGAUGUAAGACAUAAAACUAUUAUUCACUUAAAGUUUGGAACUGUACAUGGUUGAAGAUGUUUUCCGCGCAAAGCAUUCGGUUGCUAUCCUGCCUAGGUUUACUAAACAUAUCUUACAAUAUCCAAUAUUAGCUUUGGUAUGUUCCUCGACCGAUGGUUAGGCUUUGAACGGUUUUAUUUUUUUUAAUAGUGAAUUUCAUUUUUAACAUUAGUAAUACAUUUGGUUGUUACCCUGCCUAGUUUUAUUAAAC